UCCCGCGCACGCGCGCUGGUGGGAGCUCUGCCUCACGUAUUUCCCGUUCCCCGUUCCCGGCUCCCGUGCCGCUCCCCCGGUUCCCGUCCCGUUCCCCUCGUUCCCGCCUCGCCGCACUGCCCGCGGGCGAUGCGGUGGUCCCGGCGCAAGGCAGGCGGGCCGCGCCUCAGCUUCUCCUGAGCGCUCGCAGCCGUUCCCUGCAGGAGCUGCCUCCCUCCGUCCCGCCAUGGAGCAGCCGUACGGCGGGCAGGCCCUAGCCGGCGGCGGCGCGCUGGGGCCUGUGGAUGUGCCCAGCGCCCGGCUGACUCGGUACAUCGUGCUGCUGUGCUUCGCCAAGGUUUUGAAAGCCGUGGGGCUGUUUGAAUCCUAUGAUCUUCUGAAAGCGGUCCACCUGGUGCAGUUUAUCUUCGUAGUGAAGCUGGGGUCUGCUUUUUUUAUGGUUUUGUUUCAAAAACCAUUUUCUUCUGGAAAAGUGGUAACCAAGCGUCAGUGGAUCAAAAUUUUUAAGCAUGCUGUUGUUGGAUGUAUCAUUUCUCUGUUGUGGUUUUUUGGCCUUACUCUAUGUGGACCAUUGAGGACAUUAUUACUGUUUGAGCACAGUGAUGUGGUUGUGCUGUCACUCCUUAGUGUCUUGUUCACAAGCUCAGGUGGAGGACCAGCAAAGACAAGAGGUGCUGCAUUUUUCAUCAUAGCUAUCAUCUGCUUACUGCUUUUUGAUAAUGACGACCUCAUGGCUAAAAUAGCAGAACAUCCUGAGGGGCAUCAUGACAGUGCUCUUACUCAUGUUCUGUAUACAAUCAUUGCUUUCCUGGGUGUUGCAGAUCACAAGGGUGGAGUACUGCUUCUGGUACUGGCAUUGUGCUGCAAGGUUGGUUUUCACAUGGCAUCCCGAAAACUAUCUAUAGAUGUGGGUGGAGCCAAACGUCUUCAAGCUUUGUCUCAUCUUGUUUCUGUCCUUCUGUUGUGCCCAUGGGUUGUUGUUCUCUCUCUGACAACAGAGAGUAAAGUAGAGUCUUGGUCUUCUCUCAUCAUGCCUUUCAUAACAGUCAUCUUCUUUGUUGUGAUCCUGGAUUUCUAUGUGGAGUCCAUAUGCUCUGUGAAGAUGGAAGCUUCCACAUGCGCUCGAUAUGGAUCCUUUCUUAUUUUCAUUAGUGCACUGCUUUUUGGAAACUUUUGGACGCAUCCAAUAACAGACCAGCUUCGAGCUAUGAACAAGCCACCACACCAUGAAAGCACAGAGCAUGUUCUUUCUGGAGGGGUGGUAGUGAGUGCUGUCUUCUUUGUUUUGUCUGCCAAUAUCCUGUCCUCCCCCUCCAGGAAAGGGCAGAAGGGUACCCUUAUUGGCUAUUCCCCUGAAGGCACUCCUCUCUAUAACUUCAUGGGUGAUGCAUUACAGCAAAGCUCCCAGUCAUUGCCCCGGUUUAUUAAGGAAUCACUGAAACAAAUCCUUGAGGAGUAUGAUUCUCGACAGAUCUUCUAUUUCUUGUGCCUAAAUCUGGCUUUCACUUUUGUGGAGCUUUUUUAUGGAGUAUGGACCAAUAGCCUUGGUCUUAUUUCUGAUGGAUUUCACAUGCUUUUUGAUUGUUCUGCAUUAGUGAUGGGGCUUUUUGCAGCUCUGAUGACAAGGUGGAAAGCAACUCGCAUAUUUUCAUAUGGGUACGGACGUGUAGAAAUUCUCUCUGGAUUUAUUAAUGGCCUCUUUCUGAUGGUGAUUGCUUUCUUUGUCUUCAUGGAAUCAGUGGCAAGACUGGUAGAUCCUCCAGAUAUAGAUACAAACAUGCUAACUCCGGUCUCUGUUGGAGGGCUGAUCGUAAAUCUUGUUGGCAUCUGUGCCUUCAGCCACGCGCACUCCCACGGGGCUUCUCGGGGAGGCUGUCCCACACAUGAUCACAGCCAUUCUCACCAUGGCCACAGCCAUAGCCACGGGCACGGCCAUUCCCACAGUGACCAUGGCCACAGCCAUGGACAUUCCCAUGGAUCUUCUGGAGGAGGCAUGAACACCAACAUGAGAGGUGUGUUUCUGCAUGUGUUAGCAGACACUCUUGGCAGUGUUGGUGUUAUCGUAUCCACAAUAUUUAUUCAGCAAUUUGGAUGGCUCAUAGCUGAUCCGCUCUGCUCUCUCUUUAUUGCUACAUUGAUUUUUCUUAGUGUUAUCCCACUGUUGAAAGAUGCCUGUCAAGUGCUUUUGUUGAGGAUACCUCCAGAACAGGAGAAAGAUCUGCAUGCUGCUUUAGAAAAGACUGUUCUCUUCCUGUCUGGUGCAGUAUGACAUCUGCCUUGAGGCUGUACCUAGUCUUUGCUGUUGCCUCAUUUUAAGUUCCUGUCCAGAACAGUAAUGUGGACCUCAGUGUGCAGAAUUCCUCUCUGUGAAAGAAUGAGUUAAAAGUUCCUUGAGGAUGCCAACAAUUAGAGGCUUCAAGGAAAACUAUCCUUAUGGUGUCCUGUCAGUUACUAGAUGGGAAAAUGAGUUCUUGUCUGCAUGAGAAAAAGAAAAGAACAAAUGGGAAUUGUCUGGGAGAGAUGCAUGUAGUGAAAGUGACAUGCAAAGUGUGAUUUCACUUUUUGAUGAGAGAAGACAGUAAUUUUGAGAGACUGGGGAAAAAUAAAGUACUUUUUGAGAACAAUCAAAGACCAACGAUUAAAAGAUAAUAGGAAAAGCAUUUUAAAAAUUACAUCACAAUAAAACAAUGUGUUUGCUGUAAGUUGACCCUGUCCAGCAGCCAGGCAUCCAUACAGCCACUUGCUCACUGCCCUCCUUUCCCACUACCGCCACCAGUGGGAUGGGAGCAUAAGCAAAAAAACCCUGGAAACAAUAUAACAGGUGAAGGAAGAGCAGUGGAAAAAAGGAAAAAAAAAAGCAGUCCCCAAACAACAGCCACCUUGGAAACCAAAGUUCCACCUUCAUCCUCUACCCCAGUUUUUACUGCUGGGCAAGGUGUUACAUGGUGCGCACACACCAUGGACAGCUUGGGUCAGCUGCCCUGGCUGUGUCCCCUCCCUGCUUGUUGCCCAUCCCCAGCCUACCCACUAGGGCAAGGGCAAAAUGGGGAAAAAAAGAAAGCCUUGAAACCGCCUGAUAGAAAAGAAAUAGCCUGAACAUUCAACAAUAGCCAAAUCAUUGGUGUGUUAUCAAAACAGUUUUAAGCAGAAAUCCAAAAUACAACACCUUAUCAGCUGCUCUUAAAAACCAUCACAGCCAACUCAGAACAAUGAUCAAUUUGAAAAAAAUUAUGUAUUAUGGAAAGGAAGUUAUGUCUCUGAAUAAAGUUCAGCUGUGAUAACUAAAUAUUGCUAAACAGUGUGGUAACCAAUGCCCUGGUAGAUGCUGGACCAGUAUUCUGAUUAGUCUAUCCAUUUGUGUUCCUGUGAUCUGUUCAUUAAAUCAAGGGAUUUUUUUCCUCAUCCUAUUUAGCAUUGCUCUUCUGGGGGUUUUCAUUUGGUUUGACUUUUACCUUCUAGAAUUUUACAGUAGUAGCAAGGUAACCUUUCAAUACAAGAUAUUUCUGAAUAUAGCUUAGUUGGAAAGCUGCUGUGCUACGGUUUUGUUUCCUUGUGAAAUGUUAUCCACCAAUAGCCAUGUACAUGUACAAGUUUACAAUUACUUAAUUUUUACUAAUGAAAUUUCUUCACAGAUUCAAAAAAUAGAGGGAGUUAUAUCCUACAGAGAUCCUCAUUUUUGGUGUCACUCUGCAACUGUUGUGGCAGGCACAAUACAUGUGCAAGUGGUAACAGAUGUGAUGGAACAGAGAAUUGUACAGCAG